AUGGGAUCAUUUCAAAGUAAAUCAAAUAAUUUCCAAUCAAAAUAUCAACCGAUCAUCGAUUUAAUUGAAUCAGAACAUGAUUUACAUGUUUACCAUAAACUAAUGAAAAUCAACUUUAUUUCUAAAGAGCAACUAGAUGAAGUUGGCAUCAUACUCUAUGAAAAGGCAGUCUUCAAUCCUAAUUUAUCACUUAAAUGUGCUCAAUUUGUCAAGCAACUUGGACCUGAAACAGUUUUUGAAAAUGGUGAAAAAAUCAUUUUCCAUUCGAAUUUUGAUCGAUAUUUGAUGAACUUAAUUAAUUCGAUUAUUGAAAAUUAUGAUGACAGUAAAAUGACUGACUGUGCAGUUGAGCUUGGUAAGAACAUUGCAACAUUCAUUGGACAUUUGUUUGAUGUUGAAUUUCUGGACUUAAAAUUUCUAAUUGAAAUCGUAAAGGCAGCAAAGAGGAAAGAAACAAAAAAUAACGAAUUUUUCAUCAAAACUAUUUGGAAUGUUACAGAUAAAAAGUUGAAGGAUAUACAUGGAAUAACUUAUGAGAGUUUUAAUGAUAUAAUUACCGGAGGUUUUGAACUGAAUUUGAAAAAUACAAAACUUGAUCCAGAUUAUAAUUCAGCAGAUAGAUUUUGUUCUUACUUGAAGAAAAUUUUAUUUGCUGAACAUUAUAAAUUUUAUGAGCAUUUCGAAGAUUUUGCUAAUAUGCGAGAGGAUACUUUGAAAACUACAAUGACAACAUUUCUGGAAAAUGGUGUCGAAAACUCAGAAUUAACAAAGAUAUUUCGUGAUCUUGCAAUUGAAAUUUACAAUAUUCGGCCUAAUGAGACAAAAACAAAUUUGGUAAAUUUCUUUAAUGAACAUAUUGAUCUAUAUCAAUAUUAUAUGAGUAUAGAAAUUGAUGAAGGAAUGACAAAUAUAAAUAAUCUAGGAAUAUUGAUUGUUGAUUUCUAUAUCAUUGGACUAAUCAAUGAGGAUAUUAUCGAAAAGUUUUUGAACACCAUAGAAUGGUCAAGAAUGUCUAUAGAUAAAUUUAAUAAUUUUUUAAUUGAAGUGUUGACAAAAUAUCGAGGACCAUUUAUGCGAAGCUAUUUUGAACAUUCUAAAAAAUCUAUGACGAAUCUAAAAGCUCGGAAAAUCUUAAUUCCAGUUCUAGAAGAACUCAUCAGAUGCAGAGAACUGCAAAUGGAAAGAACAUUAAUGCAUUCAAAUGGUUGUGCCCGUACCGUUGCAAAUUUACCUGAUUUUUAUAUUUAUGCACUAAAGUGCCAAUCUUAUAAAGAAGCAUUUGAUACCAAAAAUCCUAAAAUUCAACCAGCUUUCAUUUGUAUGAAUCGACCAUCGUGUCAUUUUGCAUCAUUAAGAGGAAUUGAGAUCUUAAAACGACACAUUGGAAACAAAUUUUUUACACCAGAACGAAUCGAAAUUUGUGCAAAAAUGACUAAAACAUUUGCCAAAUUUCAAAUUAAUUCUAAUAUUGGCAAUAUGUUACAUUGGGAGAUGAAGACAUACAUGCCAUAUCACAAUGGAAAUACGAAGCCGACCAGAAAAUUCAAAAAUUUCUCAAGUCUUCUUGCAGCUUUCUACAAUGAAAAGUUCAUCAAUUGUAACUUGGUAAUCAGUUGGUUAUCAAAACAAUCAAAAGAAUCUGACGGUUAUCAUAUUAAGGAAAUUUAUAAAGAAUUUUACCAGACAGUUUCAAUGAAAUUAGAAAAGGAUAAUCAAUAUGCAUGGCAACUUUAUUCAAAUGAACUUGCACUUUCUGAAGAUAAACAAAAGAAUUUUGAUAGUUUUGAAAUUUUCAAAGAAAUUUGUUCAAGCUUCAAUUAUGAAGUUAAUAAUAUUGAUCUAAUGAAACUCAAAAUGAUUACAAUUCCUAAUGAAAAGUCAGCAAUGAAGCUUGCCUCAAAGCACCUCCUUAAUAUGUACUCAACUCAAACAAUAUCAAAAUCAGCUCUAGUUGAGAUCAUAUCUUUUCUAUUAACACCAGAAAUUGAUAAUAACUUACUUCAAUCUGUGUUCCUAGAUGUUUUGUGGACUACACUUGGAAAUAAAUGUGCUGUUUGUGAAGUAAUUGGUGAACCGUUUGAUAUAGCAAAAUCAGUAAUUGAUCUAAUUGAAACUUUAUGUGUCAAGGCUUUUAUCACUCAACAAGGACUUGCUACAUUGUUGCAUGUUAUAGCUGAGGUUUCAGAUCUGAAUCCAUAUCCAAUUCCAUCGUUGAUGAAUUACUUCAUUCAAAAAUUAUGUCAGUUCUUUGUUGGCUCUAAAGCAUUAGCAACUGAAGUUGAAAGAACCAUCAUCGACGUCAAAGGAAGAAUAAGAGAAUCACUGAAAGUCAAAUACAUCAACUCGAAAUUAAUCAACGAAAUAGUUGCGGAUUUGGAGAAUAUUUUAGAAAAAAGUCGACAAAAAAGCGAGCAAGAUAAAGGCGAAAAAUCAGUUGAAAUUUAUCAAGACUCUAUAAAGUCAAAUAGUCCUGAUUCAUCAUCAUCAAGUCCAGCUCAUGAAUUGGAAAAAAAUGAUGAAGUUAAAAAUCGGACAGACCAAAAUGAUUCAAAAGAUUUGACCGAUUCAAUUGACGAAAAUGAAAAUGUUCAAAAUUCAACUAAUUCAACUGAUCCAUCCAUGUCCGAAACACCAACCAACUCGAGUGAACCAUCUGCAUCUACAGCAAUGAUUGAGGAGAAAACAGCACUUCAAAAGGAACCAGAAACGCAAAACAAUUUAACAGAUCCACAAUCGACAUCAACCCAAUCUAAAAUCACCCAAGAAGACAUCAAAGACUAUCAAGAUUACUGCAACUACUUCGACAACAUUGAACCAAAAACUUCAGACGAUGAUAAAUUCUUCUUCGAUUCAGUUUUAAUCUCAACAAUCAGAAUCACAGAGAAAGAACAAGUCAUUAAUCUUGUCAAGAAAUUUAUCAAACGAGUUCAAGCUGGUCAAUCAACAAUCAUCUUUUUCAUCCAAAAUGUCCAAAAAAUUGGAAAUGCUAUUCAAAAUAUUUUCAAGCUACAGAAACAAAAAGUUUCAUUCCAAAAACUGCUGAUUGAUGAAAUAUUCUUGAAAUUUGAGAAUCAGGAACGAUUGUUGGAAUUUAUGUGUGAACUUUACAAUAAUAGCUUCGUCAAUAAGACAGCAAUGAUCGCAUUUGUGGACAAGUUUAAAUCACAAAGUCCUGAAAAUAUUAUUUUAAUGCACAAAUUUGUAAAAACAUGUGCAAUUCGUCUGUCAAGUCAAGGUGAUAAGGAACAACUGAUGCAGAUUAGGACAAUUGCAAGAACAGUCAAGAAUCUGCCAAAUUAUGAUGAAGAUUUGAAAUAUCAAGCACAAGAUUUAGCAAAUUCAAUUAAUUCAUUAAUUCAGUUGCUUGACAAUGCACAGAAUAAGCCACAAAUCUUGACUGAAUCACCAGAAAAACUUAUUGAAGAUCUAAUGAAAAAUGUGCUUAAACAUCCACAAAUUUAUGUGAAAACAGCAUGCAGACUUGAUGGAAAAAUGAAGGACUUGCUGAUUCACAAUAUUGAAAAAAUUAUCAAGGAAGUUCCAAAAUUUGUCAUCAAACCUGAUGAGUUUAUGAAUUUAUUAGAAUUUAUUGCUGAACUGUACAAUUUGGACUUCCUUAAACAUGAAUUUUUGUCAUGGACAAUUGAAAUUUUCCUGCAGUCAUCAACAAAUGAGAUUUGUAGUCAGUCAAUUGAAUUUUUAUUCAUGAAAUGUGGACAAAAGAUGGAAAAUGAGAAUAAGCACAAGCUUGAUAUUUAUAUGAAAUAUUUUGAUGCAGUUUUGGCACAAGACAUUAAGAAUAUUCAAUCAGAAUGUUUCAAAAGAAUCCAAAAAUUAAAAAAUCGGAAAUGGAAAAUUUUAAACAUUCCUGAAAAUUUCUAUGAAGACUUUUUGAUGCUGUUCAGCAUGAACGAUGCAAAUGUUGUGGAACUUUUGGACAUUUUUAAAGUUGAUGAAGAAGAAAUUGACAAAUUUAUUCAAAUUUUAUGGAAAAUCAUCCUCAAAGAUCAACCACAUCCAACUUAUUCAAUUUUAUGCCUGGAAAUUUCAAAAUCUUGCAAAAACUUUGGAGCAAAAUUGACAGCUUUCCUUACAGCACGUUGUAUAACUUUCAUUGGAUUAAAUUCAGACAUGUUUAAUGAAAAUGUCAAGGAACGACUAGGAAAAGUCAUGACUUUUGUUGCUGAUAUUUAUAAUAAUAAUUUAGUAUCUGAUCAAGUCCUUGAAGCGUUUUUGGACUCAAAGUUGACAUCAAAAUUGCCAUCAGAAUUUGUAACAAGAAUAUUCAGCAUAUUGAGCAAAUGUCAACGAUUGAAUGAGUCAAGAAAUGUCAGAUUAAAGACCUUGGUUAAAGAUUUCGAUAACAUUUAUCAUCAAGGAGUUAGUGCUCAAAUGGAAUCAAUUAUUAACGGGCUGAAAAGCAUUGAAACGAAUAUUAAUUAA